AUGGAGCGGACGGCGGUGUACUACGAUUGUGGACUUAAUUCGGAUACGGAAACGUUGAACAGUUUGUUCAAACAGGCUUUUGAAGAGGCUUUCAAGUCAACCCUGCUGACUUAUGCGCUUCUUUUGCGUCCCUCUGAGCUUGGAUCUCCCAUCAAUCUCGCUCAAUUGGGGAUCCGUGCCGAAUCGUGGAUUGCGAAACAUUGUACAUCACCACUUUAUGUCACAUUGCCAUCCGGUCUGAGAGAACCCGGUGCUUCUCACGCAUUCCCAGGCAAGCCAGAUCCGGUAUUUGGUGUGUCGUUCUCUCCAGAUCGUGCUCUAGCAGUGCUACGCGGUCUAGACCUGGUACAUGGACCAGCCGAGAAUCCACAGGCUCGUCCAAUUGCCCAUGCAGCCACGGUUUUGCGUGAAGAUUCUCAGCUGAAUACAUCAGGGCUUUAUCGUCUCUGGUUUUCGGAUCCGCUGACAGACGAAGAGCUGAGAUUGAAUCCUUCGAACGAGUUCCCGUGA